CGAUCACUGUCGUUCAGCUUUCUAGAUAUGAGAGAAAUGACAAGGACCACCCUCGUCAAUCGGAAUUGAUCUCAACGUGCCUUGCACUUUCUGAGCCACAGCCGCCUCGAUGGACGCGUUGGUCCUAUCCGAGGCCAACGCUCAAGGGGCAGCCGAUCGUGCUUCUCAGGAUGAGCCUCCCCUCGAUCACAGUACGACAGGCGAAGGCGAAAACAAGUUUCAAAGGGCUAUCUCAGCAUGGCGCAGUAUGUAAAUUCCUGGCUAACACCCGCUGCCACAAUUCUCUGUACUGACCAUGCAGACAUCGACCUCAGCGCCUUGAUGCCCAAGUUGGACUCAACUGCCUCGGACCUCGUCGCCCAACAGCGGGAUGCACUGCUGGAACGCAAGGAGUUGGCUCAGAAGACAAAGGAUUUCCGGAAGUUGGAAGACUCCGCCAAACUGACAGAAUACAAAACUCUAUUAAAAUCAUAUCAAACGUUCAUCGACUUGAUCACCACCCACGGCAAGACCUCCUCGUCAGCAUUCCUUCAGGUCUACCAAUCUUUGUCGGACGCACCAGACCCAUUUCCUCUAUUGGAAGCAUCAGUAGACUCCCUCGUGGCCUCUGAGGACACGGUGCCAAAACUCACGACCGAAAACCAACAACUCUUGACCACCGUGAACAAGCUGAGCGCUCAGCUGGAAGAAACCGAGAAGAGACUCCAGGAUGAAUGUAAAGCGAGAAGAGACGCAGAAACCGGCACAGGCUCUCGUGUCCAAGAGAUUGAGGCCAAGUGGGAGAAAGUCCUUGAGGAAAAACAGAGUAAUUGGGCUGCCAAAGAGCAAGCGCUCGAGGAGAAGGUGGAGAACCAAGACAGGUUGUUGAAGGAACUCAAAGCCAGCUAUGAAGUGUCUCAACGACUCAACGACGGCUCGGCCGAGCAAGCGUCUUCGAAGGCCGCCCACGCCGAGCUCGAAAUGACCACUUUGGAGCUGGAAAAAACAAGUGCACGGAUGGCCGAGCUUGAGGCGAGGAACGAACAAUUGAGUGUGGAGUUGGCUCGAGCCACUUCUCAAUCAGCAAGGAGCCAUGAGGUUGAGGACGAUCCGGCGUUCCUGAGAUUGCAGUCGGAGAAUUCGUCGCUGCUGAGGAAGAUCGACUCGACCCGGUUCGAACGUGACACGGAAAAGAGAGAGCUUGACAAUAAAAUCCGGCAUGCAGAGAGGCAACGAGACCAGUUGUCCAGCGAAAACGAGGAGUUGAGGGCAAAGGUUCACCAGUGGUCGGAUUACGAAGAUUUGAAGCGGGAGCUUGAUACGUUAAGAUCGAUUGAGCUUUCAAUCGGGGAUGAAGAAGAUGGCGAUGAAGCGAACGCCAAUGGAGCAGCAGACACAGGCUCCAAGCAGUCUCUUGAACAACUUUUGCUGGCGCGGAACAAAAAAUUGAGCAAUGAACUCACUUUGUUGCGAGUAUCUCAUCAAGACAUUCAACAACAACUAGAAGAUCUGCAAGAGGAAUUGUCGCGAACGAAUGCCGAGCUGGAAAAAUCUCAAAAACUAUCUUCGACGUUGGAAAAUGACUUGGUCCGGAUACAGGAAGAAGCAGCCAACGUGCUCCCAUCCUCGGGCAUGUCGGUGGCAGGGACAUACAUCUCUCGACAUCCAACAGGAUCUCUUCGCCGCGGACGGGGCUCGCCGACAUCGUCCAUCAUCUCAGGCUAUGACACUCUGGCACGGUCCAACACUCUGGAAUCGUUGCGGGCAGGCGAGCCUGUCGGAGGGGGUUCUGGAAUCUUGCCCAUGAUCCAGGCUCAACGAGAUCGAUUCAAACAGAAGAAUCAACAACUCGAGGAAGAACUCUCCAAAACUUAUGCGACGGUGACAUCACUACGGCAAGAGGUUGCUUCGUUGCAAAAGGACAAUUUGAAUCUGUACGAGAAGUCGCGGUACGUGUCGGCAUACAGCAGAGGGCCGACCACAUCAUCGGCCAACUCGUACUCAAGAGGGACGGGACACACCUCUGUCAUGUCGACGGACGAGGAUGGAACGAAUGACCGGUGGAAGGCUCAGUACGAGGCCAACAUUUCGCCUUUUGCGGCAUUCAGGGGCAGGGAAACGGCUCGAGCGUUCAAACGGAUGAGUCUACCUGAAAGAAUGAUUUUCUCGUUGACGAGGAUCGUGCUUUCGACACGGACAUCGAGGAACCUGUUUGCGGGAUACUGCCUCGCCCUGCACAUCUUGGUGUUUCUGAUGUUGUACUGGAUGGGAUCUACGGACGUAGAAAGACACGCUCCUCAUCUCGGGGAAGCGGUAGCAGCAGUUGCCGGUGCUGGUGGCGCAGGUUCACAGUCCCCUGAAUGGCAUGAGGAAGACUUUGGGUAGACCUGGUCAUGACUUGAGUCUUGGAGCAAGACUGUUGAUGCAGUAUAGAAAUGUAUAGAAAAGCCCAAGAAUGCGAACUGGAGUCUCAAGGCC